AUGAGUGGCGGCCGGCCAGAUGACAAGAGGAUACAGAGACUGACCAUCGGCGGAUAUGUAUUCUAUCGCCGUGAUCAGGGUCCGCUUCACCGUGGUCCCUCGAUGCUUUCUCAAAUCGUCUUUGCUGACGAGCACCUUAAGGGAGUUGAGAACACUGAGAAGAACUCCCGUCUCGUCCAUAUUAUAAACACUCUCUGGGAGGAUGGCCGGAUUAGCUAA